UGCGGUCAAUUGCGCCAUUAUCUCCGGAGCCUUGCGCAUUCCCCCCUCAGGAACACUUCUCCCCACAAACUCUCCCAUGACAGACUGACCGGACGUAUUCAGAAGUCAUAGAACUCACAAACUCCCAUAAUGUCUGAUCCUAAAGUCUUAGUUCAAUCCCUUACUCCCUCCGCUGUCCAGAAUGCCUAUUCCCUUAUCCAACCCUACGUGCACCGCACGCCCCUCCUCACCAACCAAACCCUUAACGAGAUCGCCUCCACCCCGCAGUCCCCCGAGGCAUUGAACGGGACACCCUUCGAAGGGCAACCACCCGCCAACCCAAAGUUCAGGUUCUUCUUCAAAUGCGAGAACUUUCAGCGGAUUGGCGCCUUCAAAGCCCGCGGCGCUUUCCACGCCUUGCUGCGACUCAUCGCAGAGCGGGGUCAAGAGGAAGUACAGAAACGCGGGGUGAUCACGCACAGCUCGGGGAACCACGCCCAAGCUCUCGCCCUCGCCGCCUCCACCCUCAAUAUUCCCGCCUACAUAAUCAUGCCUGAAAUCAGCACGCCUUCGAAGAUCGCAGGAACCCGUUCUCACGGUGCAGAGGUUAUAUUCAGCGGAUCGACGAGCGUGGAGCGUGAGGCUGUCGUUGAGGAAGUGCAGGCACGGACGGGGGCAAUCUUGGUUCCACCCUACGAUGACUUCAAUGUCAUCUGUGGGCAGGGCACAACGGCCUUGGAGCUUGAAAAGCAGUACAGUGAUCUUGUUACGGAAAAGCCGCAGCUGAGUAUUCAUCAAGAAAACCCAGUCUUGGAUGCUGUGAUCACUCCUGUCGGUGGAGGUGGUCUCAACGCCGGUGUCGCAACCUUCUUCUCAGAUAAGACGACUAAAGUAUUUGGUGCGGAACCCAGUUUCGAAGGUGCAGAUGACUGCCGGCGUGGUCUUGAGGCCGGGGAGCGUGUCUCGGCAGUAUCAACUCUCACAAUUGCUGACGGAUUGCGCACUCCCGUUGGUCUCUUGAACUGGGAAGUAAUCUCCGACAAGAACAAGGUGGCUGGCGCUUUUUCCGUGACAGAGGAGCAGAUCAAGGCCGCGAUGAGGUUGGUGCUGGAACGCAUGAAGGCUGUCGUCGAGCCUAGUGCUGUCGUCGGGUUGGCGGUUUGUCUGUAUAAUGAAGACUUCCGGCGAAUGGUCCAAAACCAAGCUCCCAACGGUUGGGACGUAGGCAUUGUAUUCAGCGGAGGCAACACCACAGUUGAAGCGAUUGCCAAGCUAUAUAGCUGAGUCGGUGGUCGCUCGGUGGGAGAACGUUCAGUCCCAUAUGUAAAUACCCAAUCAUAGUCAUC